AUGGCCACCGCGCGAGCAAUACGCUUCGUCGCUUCAAGACCAUCCACCAGCCCCCGCAGCCUCGCAGCAGGGCGCCGCCGCCUCCUGUCGUCCACCUCGACAGAAGCAGGUGGCGCAGGCGAUCAGUCGGUGCACUCCGGCGGCCCGCCGAGCGACGACUACCCCGACCGUCCCCCGAAGUUCUCUGGCGCCGAGGAGGCCACCGGAGGCGGCCAUGGCAAGAAAAACCCGUCGACGGCAGCGGCACCGCCUUCGGAACCUACCAAGGACCGUGUCCCGCCGUUCGCUCCGUCCAGCCAGCUUGGGUCUCAAGAACUCGCUGACCCGGCGGGAGGCCAGUCGUUCACGCAGAAGCGGCGGUGGUCAUCCUCAUCCGGACGAACCGACUCGCGCGGCGAGGCGACGCCCGGAGACGCGGAGGCGGCGGGGCGGAAGGUGAGGGAGGACAGGGAGUACUACCGGACGCACAAGCCGUCGCCCAUCGCGGAGGUGGAGUUCGCGGACACGAGGAAGCCGAUCACGCAGGCCACGGACGGCGGCGCCGGCGCGGAAAGCUCGUCGGGCGUCCCCGGGAAGAUGGUGGAGGACACGGUGGACGACUCGCUGGCGCGCGCCGAGGCCAUGUUCCGCGAGGCCCGUCGCGGGGAAACCCCGAGUGGCCGCACUCGCGCGCGCUCGCGGAGAUGCUGGCGCGGCGCCGCGGCGAAGGGAGCAGGGGCACUGCGCCUUGGGGAACCUGAUCCGCGGAACUCAUAAGUGCCGUACGUACUUGUCGCUCUAUGUACAAGGACAGUUCUACUGGUUCAAAAAAAGAAGUACAGUUUUACGGUAGAACUGUUCUCGUCUAAAAUCUUGGGAUGUAGACGUCCGUCUAACUCCCAUAUAUAAUAACAUAUAUAAUAACGGUGUUUAGUUGGAGAAAUAAAAAUUUUUGAGUAUCGUAUCAGAUGUAUCAGACGUACAUAGAGGUUUUUGGACAUGAAUGAAAAA